GAGAGUUGUUAUCUUUUAAUAUUGUAAAUCACAAAGUUUAUUUCUGUUUAAAAGGUCGGAUGUGAUAUGUGUUGAAUGUAUCUAGCAAAAGUGUAGAACAAUACCGCUGGAAUUCUCAAAAAAGUACCUGGCACAAAAUGACUUAUAUAUCAGCCACAAAAUCCAUAUUUUUAUUAUCAAUUUGUGUGUUCUUAUUCGAAAGGACAAACGGACACAUGCUAGGAAUCGAUAAAGAUGACGGGAUAGUACUUGACAAGAGAUUUAUACUAACGACAAAUUCCAAGCAAAAUUGGACCACGUUGGAGCAAUUUUCAUCAUGUUCAUUAACUUGUGUUCCCGGCUUUGAGAAGCUUACCCAAGUAUGUUGUGACACUGGCUUGAAUGCAGUGUGUUCCAAUCUGCCUUGGACUUCACUCAAAGCAAAAUUAGGAACAUGUGUUGAUUUAACAGCAUAUGGCAUUACGACGACAGCAUGGUCAUCUCUCAAGCAGUUUGCUGCUUGUUUUCUUUCAUGUGUACCUGGGUUUGAGAAGCUGACGGAAGUUUGUUGCCAGACAGGACUUGAUGCAGUGUGUACAAAUCUGCCAUGGGAUUCGCUAAAGACAAGUCUUGGCCAGUGUCAUGCACUUAGUCCCUGCUCUUCAAACCCGUGCGUUCAUGGUACGUGUCAUCAAAAUAGUAGCACUUAUCAGUGCACGUGUUCAUCUGGAUACAGCGGUGUAUUAUGUGAUAAGCAAAUUUUAUCAUGCGCGAGCAGUUCAUGCGUUCACGGAUCUUGUAUAAAUGUUGGGACACGAUUGUCUUGCAAGUGUGAUAUAGGCUAUACUGGUGUGAAUUGUGAUCAAGAUGUCAAGAAUUGUAAGGAUGUUUUAGAUAAUCACGUGACCAAUCACUCUGGAAGCGGAGUCUAUACAGUGAAGAUUAAUGGUCAUCUUACUGACGUCAUGUGUGACAUGGUGACGUCAGGGGGUGGAUGGACGGUCAUCAUGAAUAGAGAAAACAACAAACAGAAUUUUGGAGACCAGAGUUUCUCUUCCUAUGCAGAAGGGUUUGGAGAUGUAUGGAGCAAUUUUUGGGCAGGCUUGAAGAAAAUGAACGGUCUUACAAAUGAUGGUCGUCGAUACCAGUUAAGAGUGGAACUAGUACUGGCGAAUGGAAGCAAUUACUUUGCUACGUACGAUGACUUUUCAGUCGGGCCACCAAAUGAUUUUGUUUUGCAUGUCGGCAGAUACAUGGGAAAUGCGGGUGACUCGCUCUCUAAGCAUAACGGGUAUGGAUUUACUAACAAAGACGUUGAUAAUGACAGUAACCCAUCUAACUGCGGGGUCUAUCUACACGGUGCUUGGUGGUUCCACAGCUGUUAUGACUCGUGUUUGACGUGCCCGUAUGAAACUCCCGGUUCACACACAUGUCGCUCUUUCUCUUGGAACACCCUUGCAUACUGUAUUGCGCUUAAAUCCGCGCGAAUGAUGGUGCGCCCUAUGUAGGAAAGUUUUGAUUUAUAAAAUAAAAGUAAUAGACGUU